CUUCACUUUAUAUAUGUCUCACUGUUUUUGUUUUUAGAGUGGUUAAUCAUUUUCCAAACCAUUAUGAACUCACAAGAAAAGAUUUAUUAGUGAAGAAUAUAAAACGAUACCGUAAAGACCUUGAAAAGGAAGGAAACCCUAUAGCAGAGAAAGAUGAAAAUGGAAAAUAUGCCCACCUUGAUUUUCUACCAGUUACGUUUAUAUUGCCAGCAGAUUACAACAUGUUUGUUGAGGAAUUCCGAAAGAAUCCUUCAAGCACUUGGAUCAUGAAACCUUGUGGAAAAUCUCAAGGUGUGGGUAUCUUCCUAAUAAACAAGCUUUCCCAGCUGAAGAAGUGGUCUAGAGAUGGACCAAGUUUCAACCCAGCAGCAGUGAAGGAAUCUUACGUUAUCUCACGAUACAUUGACAACCCUCUUCUUAUUGGUGGAAGAAAGUUUGAUAUUAGGAUCUACGUUCUUGUCAUUUCCUUUCGUCCUCUAAAAGCAUACUUGUAA